AUGGGUCUUUCAUCAGCUCUCAGCACGGCGCUCACCGGCCUCAACGCCGCGGAAGCCACCAUCGAUGUGGUGGGUAAUAAUAUUGCCAACUCGAACACCGUCGGCUUCAAAGCUUCCGAUGCCGUGUUCGCCACACAGUUCUUGCAGACCCAAAGCUUGGGUUCUGCCCCCACGCUGAACACCUCCGGCGGUACCAACCCCCGCCAGACCGGUCUCGGUACCAAGGUGGCCGCCAUCACGCCCGACUUCACGCAGGGCACCAUCGAAAUCAGUGCCAGCCCUUCCGACUUGGCCAUUCAGGGCGACGGGUUCUUCAUCGUCCAAGGCUCGCAGGGCGAACAGCUUUACACCCGUAACGGUAUCUUCUCAACCAACUCCGAGAAUGAGCUGAUCACCGUCGGCGGUAACCGCCUAUUAGGCUUCGGCGUCGACGACCUGUUCCGUCUGCAAACCACCGAGUUGGUGCCCAUCGAGAUUCCCUUGGGUGCCAAGGUCGUGGCCCAGCCGACCGAGAACGUGUUCCUCGAAGGUGCGCUCAGCCCCAAUGGCGAUCUGGCAGACACCGCCGAGAUCAUUCAAUCCGGCAUCUUGGGCGAUGGCUCGCAGUUGGCCCCCACCGCGGGUCCCACGGUCGGUAUCUCCACGCAACCGGUCGACACCUACACCGCCACCGAAGGCGCUGCCAACGGCACCGCGCUCUCGCAAGGCUUCUACCGCUACAAAGUCGUCUACGUCGACGCCUCGGGCAACGAGACUACUCCGUCGGACGAUGUGGUCGUCGAAGUCACCACGGCCGGCGGUGCCGAAGUCGAUUUGGCGGCCAUCCCCGACGAUGCCUCCUACGCCUCUCGCCGCAUCUAUCGCUCGGAAGUGCAGGGCAGUGCGGCCCUCAGCGAUCCUCCUCCCACGUACUACCAAGUGGCCGACAUCCCAUCCGGCGGUGCCACCACGUUUAACGACACCAUCGACGACGUGACGCUGGCCACCAAUCCCGCGCUCGACGAUGACAUUCUCUCGGGCAACUACAGCUACUACGUCACCUUCUAUAAGGCUGGCCAGCCAGACAGUCGACCUUCACCGCUCACCACGCCGGUUAUUGUCUCCAACGGUCGACUGGAACUCACGAACCUUCCGGCCGAUCCUUCCGGCGGCGUGUUCGAUGGCAUUCGCAUUUGGCGAAACACGGCCAACGACAACCAGACCUUCUACGAAGUGGACACGGUCGCAUUCGGUGAAACCUUCAUCGAUAACUUCAGCGAUGCCGAGAUCCAAACGCUCGGAAACGAAAUCGACCUCGACGGUCCACGCAUCACCCCGGGCACCUUGCUCACCGAUGUCCUCCUCCGCGACGGCUCGGUCUACAACCAGGUCUUCGAAGAAGGCACCCUGUCGUUCCAAGGCGAAAAGGGCGGACGAACCUUGGCUGCCCAAGAGUUCGAGGUCACCGCCACCACAACCGUCCAAGACUGGAUGUCCUUCGUCGAACAGGCCCUCGGUAUCCAAAAGCCGCCGGGACCCGAUCCAAUCAAUGUCAUUCCUGGCGAUACCUCAGGCUCGAACAUCGGUGGCGACAUCAUCAACGGGCGCAUCACGUUCGUGGGUAACAACGGUGUGCAGAACGCCAUCGAUAUCGGGCUUUCCGGUCUGCAACUCACCACGGCCACCGGCAACGAGCAAGUUGUCCUCCCGUUCGGCUCCAUCCAACAAGCGGUGGGCGAAAGUGCGGUCACCGACUUCGUGGCCUACGACUCGCUCGGUUCACCGUUGAACGUUCGAGUGACCAUGGUUCUCGAAAGCCGCGACAGUACCAGCACCACUUACCGCUGGUUCGCCGACUCGCCCGACAAUCAACCCACCAACGGCAGCUCGAUCUCCGUCGGUACCGGGCUGGUCACAUUCGACGGCGAAGGCAACAUCUCCGAGGUAACCGAGUCGACCGUCUCCAUCGAAAGACGCGAUGUCUCGGCCGCUUCGCCCCUGGAGUUCGACUUAGACUUCAGCCAAAUCUCCGGCCUGGCCGUGCAGACCAGCACGCUCAACGCCUCGCGGCAAGAUGGUUCGGCACCCGGUACGUUGACCAGCUACAUCGUUGGUGAAGACGGCACCAUCCGUGGUGUGUUCAGCAACGGUGUAAGCCGCGACCUGGGCCAACUCCGCCUGGCCCGAUUUGCCAACCCCGAGGGUUUGGAACAGCUCGGCGAAAACCUCUACGCCAGCGGCGUGAACUCCGGCCUGGCAAUCGAAGGUAACCCGGGCGAACAGGGCAUCGGCGGCAUCGUGGCCGGUGCGGUUGAACUGUCGAACACCGACAUCGGGGCGAACCUCAUCGACCUGAUUUUGGCCACCACGCAGUAUCGAGGAAACACCCGUGUGAUCACCGCCGCCCAGCAACUCUUCGACGCGUUCGUCUUGAAUGCCGACCUCAUUCGUUACGUCGAUGAGCGGCCCGAUACGUUCGUCACCCUCACCAGUGGCGACCGGAUCGUGGUCCGCGAAUCGAUGGACGCCGUGGUCAGCCACAGUCGCCAACAAGCGAACGACGUUAUGGAUAUAGCAACCCUGGUCGGGAUUCUUACCGCAUUCGGCAUGAUGUGCUAUGCGGUGAUCGCGGCCGGAGCUUCAUUCGGCGCAUUUUACGAUCUCCCCUCGGCCCUGGUGGUCGUGGGCGGGGCACUCGGUGCGCUGAUGAUGUCGUUUCCCUUGAAGAACUUCCUCGGCACCGGCGGGGUGAUCAAGGUCGCGUUCUUCAACAAGCAGCACAACAUCUCGCAAAUCAUCGAGACCAUCGUCGACCUGGCCGAAACCGCCCGCCGCGACGGACUACUGGCUCUGGAAACCAAGCUUGAAGACGUCGACCAUCCCUUCAUCGUCUUGGGCAUUCAAAUGGCCGUCGAUGGCUCGCAGCCCGAGGUCAUCGAAGACAUCUUGCGCACCGAGAUGGAGGCCGUGCACAAACGGCACAGUAAUGCCAAGGGCGUGCUCGACCAAUUCGGCCGCAUGGCCCCUGCAUUCGGCAUGAUCGGAACCCUCAUGGGGCUCAUCAUCAUGUUGGGCAACAUGAGCGACCCCUCGUCCAUCGGCCCUGCCAUGGCCGUGGCCCUCAUUACCACCCUGUACGGCGCAAUCGUGGCAAAUGCCUUCGCCAUUCCGCUGGCCGACAAGCUAAGUUUUAUUAACAAGCAAGAGAUUCAGGCCAUGGAGAUCAUCAUCCGCGGGCGGCAUGACGCCAUGGAAGACGAUGCACCACCAGCCAUUCCGGAGUGGGUCGUGACCUUCGGCGACAUGAUGUCGCUGUUGCUGACCUUCUUCAUCAUGCUGGUGUCGAUGAGUGAAAUCAAACAAGAAGAAAGCUACCAGGCACUGGUCGAUUCCAUGCGGCGACGGUUCGGGCACAUGUCCUCCAGCGCCAGCAUGGCCCCCGGUGAGUUCAAACCCCGCAACUCGAAAAUUGCCAACAUCGCAACCGAGGGGCGGGCCAAACGAUUCAACACGAUGGACGGCGGCGACAAGGUUCAGGCCCCCGUGGGCGACCACCCUCGGGUCGAAAUCAUUCGCCGCAGCGAUGAUGUAACCAGCGGAGGAGUCGUCACGUUCGAUGAGUCUUCCGACAAACUAACCCCCGAAGAUCGCACCCGGCUCGAUGCCGUGGUCGAAUCGAUUCGCGGAAAAUCACAACGCAUUGAAAUCCGAGGACACACCACCCGCCGCCCAUUGCCUAAAGAUUCGCCAUACCGCGAUCAUUUGGACCUGGCCUACGCCCGCGCCCGCGCGGUGAUGGACUACCUUGUUUCCAAAGGAAUCGACCCCGACCGAAUCCGCAUCACAUCCGCCGGUGGCAACGAACCCGUAAGCACCCAACCCGAUCCGCUGGAACAAAAGAAAAACCGUCGCGUCGAUAUCUUCUUGUUAGAUCAAUCGCCCGAUCGGCUCGACUUGCCCCAGAACAACAAGCAAGACACCAAACCAAGCACGCAACCCACAAACAAUUCGUAG